GAUAUGAGAUGAUGAAGACUCAAAGGAGGAGUCGAAGCUCAAAGCUAUGGAUCCCACCCUGCUCGAAACUCUAACCGCAGAAGAUCUCGCUCCGCCAACCCCCCCCCCUUCCUACGAAGAAUCCGCGUCUGGCCCAGCAUCGCGCGUAGCCUCCGGCCCCAAAACAUUCAAUCUUACAAUCGAUAGAACUGCUAUUAACACUGUUGGCUAUUCCUCUGCUAACGAAACGAAUCUUACUUAUCGACUAUCCCAUGAGCUAGACACUGGCCACAGUACUAUCGCAAUAUCCCGUUUCGCCCCCUUCACUAACUCACCAGAGUUCGCCGGCAGACGGGACAAGCACAUCUACUCUUUCACCCAAUCUCUAUUCUCCACAACCGUCGAAAUCAUCGGGAAGCGUCGCAGCACACUCCCUGGGACCCUAUAUCUCCGGCUGAAUCACUCGUUCCUAAAACAGAGUUGGGAAGUAUGCCAUCGUCCUCCCACAAGCGAUCGGAGCACACUUCUGUUCCGUACCCGGCCCACCAGAAAUCCGCACAAGGUGGAUAAACUUCAGUGGGAAGAUGCGGAGAGACAGCUUGUUGCCGUGGAGACGCAAUGGUGUGCGAAUGAUGGAUCAAAGCCAGGCCUACAUGUGGUGAAGAACUUGGGGGACAAGUUGGUGGAUGUGCUGGUUACUGGAUGGUGCGCGAAGAUUUGGAACGGGUGGCAGAUGUCGAUUGCGGAAGCGAGAGAAAAGGAAUUGGAUUCUUUUCGUCGAAAAAUGGCAUAUGGAGGCCAGAUGUUUUCUAUCCGUGAUUCGAAUCCCGGGACCAGCCUUUGGUCUCUCUGAUAAAAGCAGAGAUAUCCAGUAUCUACGUUAUUCUUGUUGCAUCUAGUGGGGUUAGCAUUCACAAAGGAAAGCCAACUGCUUGUGUACAAAAGUUGGACUGUGAGGUGAAAAUGAUGUUCAAAAGAGAUCAUUUAUGUUUUAUGAACACUUUUGUAUAUGAAUGAACGCAUUCGAUAUAACCCAAUUUUCGCCAACAAUACCUUUAUCCUUGAUGGUAUAUUGAACCGCAGGCCGCCUGUAUUCACAACUCCAUAGAACUCCAAAAAAACGUAUUAGUAUAACUCGACAAGGGAAGCGAUGCGAGUACAAUGGUCACCGUCAGUAGGAAGCUGCUGGGUAUCAGGCUCCAAGUCCCAUCUGCUUAAGGACCCUCGAAACCAGCUUCUUCUGCUCCCCAACCUCCAAAUUCUCUUCAUCCACCUCUCUCAGACACCUGCCAACCGCGACAAUCAUUUUAAUCCCUUCUUCUCCACCAGCCGAACUGUCCACCCAUACUCUUCCAUUCUUUCCCACGGCAAUCUCGAACCCCCCAAGCGAUUCAAGUUUCUUUCCCAGCUCCUCCAACACUACGACACCUCCACUUCCUCCCGGAGACAUCAAUCUCCCCGCCAAACCCACCGAAACGUCAAACACCAUUCCGCCAUUCAGAGGCCCAAGCCCACCCGGCUCUGCCUUGCCUGUCGCGGGAUUCACACAUGUUAACUCAAUUUCAGCGCCUGGCCCCAAGCCGACCGACAGCACACGCGCAUACACUAAUUCGCCACUUUUCAACUGUGGGCGCGUUUUCCGCGUGGCGCCCUCGAAAGCUAACUGUGGGAGGAAAACAUGCGGCGUGUGCGGGGAGAGGGUGCAAUGAAAAUAAUCGGCACUUGAGUGGUGGAUUUGAGCGAUAACAAGAUCGCUGGGCUGCGGGAUGUAGCGGCGGCGUGGAAAGGUGAGAAUAUUAACGGAAUUACGCUUGGGAUCUUGGAGUAGAAGGCCAGCCUGGGUGCUUGUGAUCGGGAUGGGUGAUGUGGCGUGUGAUAAGACGUGGAGGUUUUGGCCGAGUUUGAGAGAGUUGUUACUGGCGGUUUUGAGGUGGCUUGGGACCGUGUCUCCCGGUAGGAGAAUUAACGGAGCCGACAUGGUGCUUCCGGGAGUCGCUAAUGCAGAGGAUUCUUCAUUAGAGCCCGUGAGUGCUCCACAGCCGUUCACUUCGUGGAGUCCAAUUCGCGUCGG